AUGACUGCCAUGGAAGGGGCGAGUGGGUCUAGUUUCGGAAUAGACACGAUUCUGUCCAGCGCCAGCUCGGGCAGCCCGGGUGCGAUGAACGGAGAUUUUCGCCAGCACGUCGAUGGCCGCAGCACGGAUUUUCGGAGCCAGGCCACCCCUUCCCCCUGUUCCGAGAUCGAUACAGUAGGAACUGCGCCUUCGUCUCCCAUCUCCGUCACCCUGGAGCACCCGGAGCCCCACCUGGUCCAGGACGGCAUACAGCACCAUCACCACCUGCAUCACGGGCAGCCGCCGCAGCCGACACAAAGUUUGCAGGCUUCCCCCCAGCAGCAGCCGCAGCCCCCGCAGCCGCAGCCACCCUCGCAGCCCCAGCAGCAGCCGCAGCCCCCGCAGCUGGGCUCGGCCGCCUCGGCCCCCAGGACUUCCACGUCUUCUUUUUUAAUUAAAGACAUUCUGGGCGACAGCAAACCGCUGGCCGCUUGUGCACCGUACAGCACCAGCGUCUCGUCUCCCCAUCACACCCCGAAACAAGAGGGGAACGCAGCCAACGAGAACUUCAGGCCAAAACUCGAGCAGGAAGACAGCAAGACCAAACUCGACAAGCGCGAUGAUGUUCAGAACGACGUCAAAUGCCACGGAACAAAGGAGGAAGGCGACCGGGAAAUUACAAGUAGCCGGGAGAGUCCCCCAGUCAGGGCCAAGAAACCUAGGAAGGCGAGAACGGCCUUCUCAGAUCACCAGCUUAACCAGCUGGAGAGGAGUUUCGAACGACAGAAGUACUUGAGUGUGCAGGAUCGCAUGGACCUUGCCGCGGCUCUCAACCUCACCGACACCCAGGUUAAGACCUGGUAUCAGAACCGGAGGACGAAAUGGAAAAGGCAGACUGCGGUGGGCCUUGAGCUGCUGGCGGAGGCCGGGAAUUACUCUGCCCUUCAGAGGAUGUUUCCGUCCCCUUAUUUCUACCAUCCGAGCCUGCUGGGCAGCAUGGACAGCACCACAGCCGCGGCGGCCGCCGCGGCAAUGUACAGCAGCAUGUAUCGGACUCCUCCCGCGCCCCAUCCGCAGCUCCAGCGGCCCCUUGUGCCCCGGGUUUUGAUCCACGGCUUGGGACCAGGGGGCCAGCCAGCUCUCAACCCUUUGUCCAAUCCUAUCCCGGGGACCCCGCACCCUCGGUGA